UACGAGUCCAUAUGAGUCUGGUGCCAGUCAAGAGACAAAAAGACGGUUUCCGACGGAAGAUUGAUUCCAUAUCAACAGUUUAAAAAGACUGUAUUCUAAUAUCUUUUGGGAGAGCGGACGGCAAUAAAGCCGCAUGAUCCUAAGGCAUCAAGAAAAUAAGCUUAAUAAAGCGAUCUUAUAUCUUUCCAUCGAGACUGCAUAUUGGACACAUCAAAGGAAAAUCCGAGAAUUCGUUUCUGCAAAGAAAAGGAAACUGAAUUUAUAACUGAAGGAACCUUUCAGGGGACCUCUGUGGCUUGAAAGUUUUUGAGAAACGCUUUCGCUGCUGAUGCGGACUUGCAACAUAGUUGACAGUUUGAGCUCCUAAGCGAACACCAGAGGCAUAGCUAUUUCUCAUCAGAGACGUUUAUUUUUCUUUCUCUCUUUCUCGGAGUUGCAUUCACAGUUUUUACAUAUUGCAUUAAGUAAGAGACGCGCAUUGUAUACUUUAGAUAUAAGUACUAAGCAUUAUAAUAAGUUUAUUUUCUCGCAAUUAUUACACAAUCAGUAGUUAUUUAUUAGUCAUAAAUGACAUCUUCGGAUUGUCUUGUCUUUGUCGACCUCUGUUUGCUGAUUUGAUGGGCACAUUAUUCUCACAAUAACGACACACUUAUUAAUGUUAUGGUAUUUCUCAAUUUUUUUAUUUUUUGAUAAUCGAUAUGGAAUCGAGUGUUAAAUUGACCAAGAAACCCAAGCGAACGUUUUCAGUAGCUUGGCUCUCGGAUGUCCGGUACAAGUCGUGGAUACGAGAAGUACCAUCUGAUAAUACCCUUUAUUACUGCACUAUAUGCGAUAAAAGUUUUUCGUGUGGUUCAACACAUAUCUCGAGACACGCGGAAUCUGCGCAUCAUAAAAAUAAUAGUAAUAAGAAUUGCAGUAGCGAUGAUGAUAGUUUCUUAGAAAAAAAAUCUCGUAGAUCUAUAUUUCAACAGAAGUGGUUGGAUAGAGCGGAAUUUAAAAGCUGGUUACGCGAAGUACCACACGAUCCAAGUUUAUUUUUUUGUUUAAUGUGUGAUAAAUCUGCUGCUGGUGGUUUAUCGCAAAUCAUUCGUCACUCAAAAUCCAAAGCACAUAUAAAUAAAAAUAAAACUAAUUCUAUUGAAGUAAGUCAAUCGAAUAACAAUUCGCAAUCGAAUGACGACACGCAGGCUACGCAUAAUCGGGCUACGCAAACUGAAUUGCUUUCGUCGUUUGAAGAGCGUAAAAAAUCCGCAGAAAUUAGAUUUGCCGCGUUCAUUGCCGAUAAAAAUAUUCCCCACCAAAAUGCAAAAGAAAUUCUUAGUUUCUUCCGACAUGUAGGAGAAGAUCCUAAUGUGUUGAAAGCCAUGAGCAUGGGUCGUACGAAAUGUAAAAACAUCAUUACAAAUGUUUUGUGCCCAAUCGAGACAGAACGUGUGGUCAAUAAAAUUCAGAACACAAAAUUUACGAUAUUCAUCAAUGAAACGUCUGACAAUGAGAAAUGGAUGACUUUUCUCGUUCGUUAUGUUGAUCCGGACACAUUAGACAUUCGAUCACAACUAGUUAAACUAAUUGACAUUGAUGCCAAAGAUUCCAAUGCGGAAAAAUUGUUCCUUGCAUUUAAAUGCGAAAUGUGGAAGUUACAGAUAUUGUUUUUAAAUAUUGUCGCCUUGUCGUGUGACAGUGCGUCUACUAUGACAGGGAAACAUUUAUUAUUCAAAGAGAAAUUAGAAGAAGAAUGCCCGCAUUUGUUAACAUUUUCCUGUCCCUGUUAUGCCACCAUGUUAGCAGUUCAUGCUGCAUGCAAUGAAAUACCCAUAGCUUGCGAGGAAUUUAUUACAAAAAUUGGCGAUUAUAUUAACUGUAGUCCAAAAUGUUCAUCUGUUUUUUCUGAAUUUUGUGAAUAUUUCCAAGAAAAUAAUAAUAGACUAUCGCGAUUAAAUGAUACACGUUGGCGUUCUCAUUACUUAUGUGUAAAAAAACUUUUGGAAUCUUGGGACACAAUUAAACAUUUUCUUAAUCAAAUAUCUGUGAACGAGAAAACAAGAGCUGAAGAAUGCCUGUUGUCUAUGAUGGAUAAUAUAGAGUUAAAAGCUUAUUUUCUGUUCUUAGAGUACACAUUAAAUUUCUUCAACAAAUUCAAUACGUUUUUUCAAGCAUUAGAUACGCGAAUACAUAUUUUGCAGCCCAAAUCUUUGAACUUUCUUCUUCAAAUCUGCCAAAAUUUUUUAAAAGAAAAGCAUUUAAAACCUUUCUCUAAAAAUGUAGUAUUCUCUUUACAGGAGAAUCAAAAAGAUCUGCAUCAAAUUACGUUGGGAUUAGAAUGUGAAAAAUAUCUUCAGAAAUUAAUGGAGCAUGGGCACGAAGACGAAGUUGAAACAAUUCGAAAAAAUUGCUUAAAGUUUUACGUAACUGCUGCAGAAAACAUUCGUAAGACGUUGCCUGUGGACAAUGUGUUUUUAUCGAAAUUACAAGUUUUUAAACCUUCCUUACAUUUAUUCGAUAAUGAUAGAGAAACAUCAUUCGCCGAUGUUUCUUUUGUAGCUCAAACUAUUGGCGGUUUCGACGAAGACGGUUUAAAAAAGGAAUGGAUUGUACUGUCAUCAGAUUUUACAACAAACGAGAAACAAAGUCUCUCUAAAUUAAAUUUUGAUAAUAUGUGGAAAAAAAUUUUACGAUCUUCUUAUCCAAAUAAUAUGGCCAAAUAUCCAAAUCUAAUAAACAUUCUAAAUGCUAUUCGAUCACUUCCCAAUUCAAACAGCGAUCCGAAGACGAUGGUUUCCAUCGUGUAUGAUUUAACUUCGAAAAAACGCAACAAACUUUCGGCAGCUUCGGUUAAUGCCAUUUGCGUUUUUAAAUCUGCAUUGAAAGCAAGAGGAGAAACGUCAAUGAAUAUGACGAUCGAAGAAAAACAUUUGUCACUUAUGUCGUCAGACAAAUUAUAUGCUAGUGCUACUAAAGAGACUACAUUAUGUGAGACUGCAUUAUAAAUGAUUACUGGCGUGCUUUCUAAGUGACACAGACGACACAGUGUAAUACAAUGAAUCAUUACGUCCUUAUCGUUUGUCAAUGUUAAAUAAAGAU